AUGCCGUUCCCAUUCGUGCUCCCGACGACCUCAUCAUUCUCCUAUUCCUCCAGCUUCAGCUGUGAUUCCCACCCCUCACUGUCCCUCAACGCCAGCACCCACCGCGGGGUCGUGAGAGACACCCUGAAGAAGCACAAGAGGCUGCCACCGUCCUCUCAGCCCCCGAACCUGCCAUCCGUCGUCUCCAACCUCAACAGCUAUCUGCAGUACCUUUUCGCUGUGAGCGCUGGACUCAGCCAUCGGUCGCUGCAUGGAGAGCAACUCACGGUGGCCUCGGUCUCCACUCCUGCCAUCCAGUGGCGGCCAACUCUGUCGGACAACGCCGUCCCUGGCAGAGAGCAGACACGAGUAAAGAUCCAGUCUCUGGAAUAUGAACUGUUCUUCUCGCUUUCGUCCCUCGGGUAUGCCUACACACUCUUGGCUCGUGCCGCUUUGCACCCCUUACAGGUCACCACGGGUGCCCCGGUAGGCACGCAGGAGAGAACUACCGCCAUCCAGAAUGCGACGAAACAUCUCCUUGACGCCGCAUCCGUUCACGACUUCUUGGCUCGUAGGGCGGAAGGCGCUGUUACAAGCCCCCCUUGUGCAGAUAUUUCGGCCUCGACAACGCGGGCACUUGCAUCACUGGCGUUGGCGGAAGCCACUCUGUUAGCCGUCCUCAAGGACGACCCCUAUCCUGCUGUCGUGGCUCAGGACCGCAACAAGAAUGACCGUGAAUGGAUGUACAAGGCACCGGAUAUUCCCAAGGUCAGGGCUCACCUGUUCGCCCGCCUGUGUUUGGCCGCGUCAGACCACGCAGCCCAAGCAUCCGCCUUAUGCAAAGAAACGACAAAAGGCACCUCGAAAUUGAACGAGUCAUUGGUGCGGUAUGUUGAAGACCUCAGGAGGACAGCUCGAGCCAAGGCUUGUCGAUUCUUUGGCAUAGACGCGGAGCUGUCUGGCCAGACUGGCAAUGCUCUCGGCUGGCUCCAGUGUGGUCUUCAAGAGCUUGGCGUGGAGCAGAAAGAUGUCAAAAAGGGACUUAGCCUCACUCGCAUGAAGAAAGAAUGGUCCGAAAAGAGGGAAGACAAGAAGGUUGAGAAGGGUGCUGGCUGGGGUUCCGAUGCUGGAAAGCUGGAAGAGACCCGGGUCCUCGAGAUGCUACACGAGAAGUGGACCAAGGUGAACGAUACGAUGAUGACGCAGGCAGUACCAGCCCCGGCAACGUUGUUAUCCACUCUACCAUCGGGGCGAGAGAUGCACAGUAUCAAACCCUAUACACCUCCUGAACUCAGCAGGCAGACGCUAGACGCCAUGCGCGCACCGCCCGACAUGGCUGACGAUGACUAUAAUGAUGAGGGUUUGAGCUCAGACGAUGAGAAGACCCCGGCCGACGUGGCGCCGGUUGGUGCAUUUCCCGGAACUCAAGGGGACUAUCGGAGUGAAAGUAGAUCGUACUUCUAG